CCUUCCGUACAGUAAGAUUUAAAGAGAAAUUCUUGCCAGCGCGUUCCGUGAAGGAGGGUGAGACUUCUAAAAGUUUGUACGUGUCUGAGGUGAAGUUGUUUGUUUUUUCAGGACGGCAAUUAUGAUGCUGCUGCAGUUACUAUGUAUAAUGUCACUCUGCCUGGCUAUGACGGUUGCUGUGCCCACACAAGAGAAACGUGUUCAUCACCACAGUGACCUGAGUGACCACGUACAUGAUGACACACAUGGCUACCAGUACGACCAUGAGGCUUUUCUCGGGAAAGAAGAGGCCAAGACGUUUGACCAGCUAACUCCUGAGGAAAGCAAAGAAAGACUGGGGAAGAUAGUGGAUCGCAUCGACACAGACAGCGAUGGUUACGUCAGCCAUGGAGAGUUGUACCAGUGGAUCAAACACAGACAGAGGAGGUACAUUGAGGAGAAUGUGAAUAAGCACUGGAAGGAGUAUGACCAGGACAAGGAUGAUCAGGUCUCCUGGGAAGAGUACAAGAACACAACCUAUGGCUACUACUUGGAUGAGGAGUUUGAUGACGUUGAUGACAAGGCCAGCUACAAAGCCAUGUUGACCAGGGAUGAGAGGAGAUUCAAGUCUGCUGAUGGUAACGGUGAUGGUAAAGCAACAAAGGAGGAGUUCACAGCCUUCCUGCACCCUGAAGAGUUUGAUCACAUGAAGAGGGUGGUUGUGGCGGAAACAAUAGAGGACAUUGACAAGAAUGGGGAUGGGCUGAUCAAUCUGGAAGAGUACAUAGGUGACAUGUUCACUCCAGAGAAAGGAGAGAGUGAGCCGGACUGGGUACAAACAGAGAGAAAACACUUUUCUGAGUUCAGAGACGUAAACAAGGACGGGACGUUAGAUGCUAGUGAGGUGGCCCAGUGGAUCCUCCCAGGAGAGGUUGACCAUGUGGACAAUGAAGCUAAACAUCUGAUUCAUGAAACAGACUUAGACAAGGAUGAAAAAAUUACCAAGAAGGAGAUUUUGGCCAAUUGGAACAUGUUUGUUGGAAGCCAAGCAACCAAUUAUGGAGAAGACCUCACCAAGAGACAUGAUGAGCUCUGAUGAUUUCAAAUGAGGGCAAGGCAGGUUUGGGGUUGUUGUUUGGGGGUGAGGAUGGG